GAGCCCAGCUCCCGGCCGGGACCCGGGCCGGGCACGGCGGGGCGGCGGGGACGUGACCUCCUCCGGGCUCAGCCGGAGCACAUGGAAAGCAGCCAGCUCUACUUCCCCCCGGGAGGAAAGGGGAAGGGAAAGAGGUCUUUGGAUGCUGGUCCUCUCCCUGGAAAAGAGCGAUUCCUGAAAAAUCCUCCUUGCUGGCCUGCCUCCCGUGGACACAUCCCUCCACCUGAGUCUCCAAAACCUGCCUGAUCCAGUGGCAUCGUGCCUGCAAGAGUAGUAAAGCUGAGCUCGUGCCUGGCAUGUGGCUGCCCCUGCUCUGAGGGAGGAUCCGUCCCCCUGGCCAUGCAGAGCUGUUUGGAAAGGCCGUGGAGUGCUGGUGAAGAACAUCAGUGAAGAUGCUGAGGACAAGGCUCCAGCAGUUCUGCCUCCACCCCCAGGCCAGCUGCCCCACGCCUGGCAAGGCUGAGCAGCCCCCCUGUGUCUGUGGGGCAGCCAAGGGGGACACUGAGGGGGACAGAGGCUGUUGGCUGGAGAGGGAGAGCAGAGGGGGGCAGAGCUGCCAUCAGCCCUGGGAUGCUCCAGCCUCUGAGCCGGGAGAGCAGGAGGCACAGAUGGGACUGCUGGGAGGGAAAUCAAGUGGCAGCUGCCAGAGGGACCCCAAGGGGCUCAGUGGGGAUGCACCACAGCCCCCACUGAACGGCAGCAGCCUGGCCUUGGUGGAGGAGCCUGCAGUCCCCGCCAGGUGCCCUGGUUCUGCCCCAGAGCUGCCCCCCACAGCAGACAGCCCCACAGGCAACCCCAGCCAGGAGUGGAAAGUGGUGAAGAUCCAACGGGUCGUCAUCGACCCUGACUUUGAGCCAAGGAAAACAGGUCUCUCCCGCAGCGCCAGCCUCUCAGAGAAGGAGCUGAAGGAGGCGAAGGCGCGGAGCCAGAGGAUCGCGGCUCAGCUCACCACGGCGCCCGGCCCCAGCUCCAAGGGAGUCCUGCUGUUCCACCGGCGCAGGCAGCGCGUGGAGGGGCUGACGGGGGCCGGGCAUGGCGGGGGCCCCGGGGGGCUGCCGCUGAGCCCCGCGCCCCAGCCUCGCCGGCCGGCCAUGGAGGAGAGCCAGGGGCAGGGCGCCAAGCCGGAGCGUGAGCAGCCUGGCAAUCCAGGAGAAGGGAUGCUGGCAAAUGCCUCCCCGCGCCAGGAGCUUCCUGCUGAAGCCCAGCAGGUCCCACUCAGCGUUUACCUGAAGGAGAACAUGGCAUCGGCCGCCACCAACGGCAUCGGCGUGCAGGAGCAGGCGGCCCGUGGGGUGGAGAGAAGGAUGGAGGGGCUCGGAACUGCAGGAGCCCCUGCGGGGCCGAGCACGGCGGCUCUUGUCCUGCCACAGAGCCCCGAGGAGGGGAAGAACGUCAGAGUGCCCAGCGAGGUGCCCGGUGAGGUGCCUAGCGAGGUGCCCAGCGCACCAGCGGGGACAGCCACAGGGAUGGCAUCCCCAGCCGGGCAGCAGCAGAACGGCACGCAGGGCCGGCAGUACUACGAGGUGCAUCUCACCCUGGCCAAGCCCAAGCCUGUGAAGAACCGCACGGCCAGACCCUUUGGCACCCAGGCAUCCCCCGCCAGUGCCCAGCCGGCCGAGGAACCCCCCGCCCCCGAGCCCCCACCGCCAACCUACGCAGAGACCCUCAGCAGCCCCCCACCCCUCACCCGUGUCCGCUCCCCCCCUGCCUACUCGGCCCUGUACCCCGCCCAGGAGCAGAAGAUGCUGCCAGAUCCGCUCCUGGGCUGUGGGGUGAGCGGACCAAACCCCUUGCCCAAAACAGGGAUCCUGGAGGAGUCGGCUGCCCGGAGAGCCAGCAGAAAGUCGAUGUUCACCUUCGUGGAGAAGCCGAAGCUGGGCCCCAACCCCGACCUGCUGGACCUGGUUCAGAGUGCAGACAGCAGGAAGAAGCAGAAGGAGCAGGGGGAUCCCAGCGCCGAGGACGAGUCCUUUGCCCUCGGGGCUGAAGCUUCGAACUUUGUCCCCAACAGGGCAGCCAGGGGUGUGCAGCACCUCCCACCGGCUGAGGAUGCUCCAGCGUGGUCCUCCUGCCUCAAGUCUCCCACCAUCCAGCCCAAGAAGAAGCCACAGCCCAGCCACAUCCUCACUGAAGCGAGAGGGAAGGGGGCUGAGCUCUUUGCCCGCCGGCAAUCCAGGAUGGAGAAGUUCAUCAUUGAAGCCCCCUCCCAGCCUGAGCUGCUGCGGUCCCCAUCGCCCACCAUGUCCCUGCCUCCCUCCUGGAAGUAUGACAACAAUGCUUACCUGUCACCCAUGGUCUCCAGACGCCCCUCCAAGAGUCCCUGCAGGCCCUCCAAAACCCCUCCUGCAUCGCUGUAUGGCAGCAACCUAAUGGAGAACGAGGUGUCCCAGAAGGAGCUGGAGAUCUCCAAGCACCAGCCUUACCAGCUCCAGUCUUCUCUCUUUAUCCUCUCCCCAUCCAAGGGUCCAGCAAGGUCCAUGCCCCAGGAGGUGCCUCCACCCAGACCCUCUCUUCCCGACUCCUACCCCUAUCCCCAGCAAACCUCCUGCCCGACCUCUCCGUUGCCUCCUUCCCCAGUUUGGCAUCCCCCCGUGGUGCCCAGCGCCGGCCAGACCACUGCCAGCCCCUUCCCCAGUGCUGCUGGGGCUCUGCCCCUGACUCAUGAGAGCCGUGCCAGCCCCGGAGCCCCGGCUGAGGUGCUGCUGGCCUCCCCGUGCCGCCUGCUGCCCCCCCGGGCGAAGGCGGGCUUCCAGGCACCCCGGCCCUCCUACUCCACCAGGAAUGCCGGCAUCGAGCCGCAGGACAGGCGUUCGUCCCUCCCUGCGUCGCCCACCUGGACGCCCCGGCUGGCGCGGCGCCCGGGCAGCCUCGACGGCUGGGCCAGCCCGGCCUCGGUGCCCGAGCUGGAUGAGAGGCCCCCCUCGUCCCCGCCGUGGAGCGAGAGGUCCCUGUCCCCGCUGCGGCAGGACGCGGACCCCCGCGCCAGCCGGCAGAUGCAAGCGCGGCUCGCCAGGAACAUCAUCAACGCCGCCCGCAGGAAGAGCUCCUCUCCCAAAGCCGUGGGGCUGGAGAGCUCCCGGCCCUUCACCCCCAUCUCCCCCCCCCCCCCCCCCCCCCCCCCCCCCCCCCCCCCCCCCCCCCCCCCCCCCCCCCCCCCCCCCCGCAGCGUGCUGGGGAGCCUGGGCAGCCCCUCGCCCACCCACAAAAGCCCCCUGCGAUCGCCCCGGGCAGGCAGCCCGCAGUUCUGUGCCUCCCCCGGGAUGCCCCGAGCCGCCUGGGCAGCCUGGGCAGAGGGUCGCCGGCUCCUGCUGCCAUCCAGCGCGCCUUGCUGCCCCGUGCCCAGGCUGUCCCCCCUCCCCAAGAGCCCCCUGCCAUCCCCCGUGGUGGGUGGGCGCUCCGCAGCCAAGCGCUGCACCUCCCGGUCCCCGACGGACUCGGAUGUCUCUCUCGACUCCGAAGACUCGGGGACCAAGAGCCCGGGAAUCCACAGCUUCAACCUCUGUCCCCGGGGCUGGACCAGCAGCCUGCGGCUGAAAACGGGGAGUCUGCCCUCAGGGGCUCCCUGCACCUCCUAGACAAGCCAGCCCCCGCCAAAAAACCCUCUCCCUCCACCCGUCAGCCCAGAUGGUGCCACUCCCCACCGGGAACACACCGACCCCCGGGGUUGAGAUCCCCAAAAAAAUUGUCCCUUCGGAGCUGCCAUGGCCCCUCUGUGUGCCAGAGGGGUCAGGUGCCUCCCGCCCGUCCGCUGUGGUCAGGUGCCUCCCGCUCUAUUUUUACCAGCCUAACCUUUCGGGGCAGGACUGCGUGGUCAGCAGGCAGGAGCAGGCAGGGAGGGGGAGCCGGCCCCCCAGGCCCCUCCCGCGGCAGUCCCUGCCUGCCAGCCAGCCCCAUCCGCACAGCCGGGAUGGGAUGGGCUUGGUGGCCCACUUGAGCGCUUGUCCCCAGCUCCCAGGUGUUAUCCCGGGAUGUCACUGAAGCUCUGCUUCCCUGGGGUGGCACAUCUGCUGCAGGUGGGCUGCAUGACCAGACCCCCUCUUCCCAGCUUCUCCCAGCCUCUAGAUUUGGCUGGUGUCAACUGAAACCAAAUUUUGGAGAGGAAAAUUUAAUUUUUAAUUCCAGCCCCCCAGUUCUUAGCUGCCUUUUUAAAAAAAAUUUAACCUUUUGAUCCCUUCUCAAAGGAAUUCUCCCAAAUCCUUUUCCUGGAGACUAAAAAGAGCCAAAGUUAUUUAUUGCCAUGUUAAGGGGACUGUUUACAGAUGCCCUCCCACCCUGCCCAGACCAAGAGGGACUGCUCCACCUUAUACCUGUCACUGUCCCCAUACCCACUCUCCACAUCCCCAUCCCCACUCGGGUGGGAUGGAGGUACACACAGGAACCAACGGUGCUGUGACAGCCAGGGCAGGUGGGGAACUGUAGGGGCUGAAGGAAAUGGUAGAAGUUGCAGAGGGUUUGAAGGAGAUGUUGGCACAGAAGGCUAUUCUGAGAAUGUCGGUGUCCCCACACCUUGGGGCCAGUGAGACCAGCACUGGGAAAGAGGCUGCGUUUGGGCUGCCAGGGCUCUAGCAUAUUCCCAUUCAUGGAGCCCAUCAUCCCUUCCCUUUCCCCAGGAUAUGCUGUUGAAGCCAGCCCAUCCCUGUUCCUUGGAGUGCCUCCACACUGCAGGCUGCCUCUCCUGGAACACAGCCCCCCAUUCCCAGGACACAUCUCCCACCCUCGCUCCAGCAGCCACCACAACCUGCCUUCACCACACCACUGUAUACCCAGUUCUGAAAUAAACUGCCAUUAUUCCACCCA